UACAGUUACAAUCAGCACAGGAUGCGAGGGCGCCGUGUCUGCAGCACAGCGCCUUUCUCCACUGAUGUUCGACCUCCUCCAGCAGCAGCAACACCCAGCAGUUUACCACCUGUCACUGUCUAACAUUCGGCUUCAGUGGCGGCCAGCAGCAGCCGGCGGUACCCUUGUGGGAGAUUGGCCGAUCUACGGAUCAUAAGUUCGGUCAUGGGCAUUCUUCUUCAAAGAUGGCAAAGUAACACCGGUGCGAUAGGUCGAUAGGCUGUUUGAUCGAGAUCUCAACGAAAACGGCCCAUGGGCGGCAGGGCAAUCUCGUUGUGGUGCUCGUAUUGUUGGCCAUUUCGCGUUAACCGUGGUUGAUAUGAAUGCCAUGAUGACGACCAACCAAAGCGACAUGGCAAACUCCAAACUCAGUCGGGGCGUCGGACAACGGAAGGGCACUUGGAGGGGGAAGCGAGCAAGGGGGAUCUCGAUCCUAAUCGACACCAUGAGGCACAUGAAAAAAAAAAACGUACGAUAAUGAUGGAUCAGCAGGGCUCCCCACCAAUCAGAAGUCGCCCGCCCGCCGCUUUCCCAAGCUGGCGUGGGAGGGCCGUCACGGACUCACGGCAGGGUGGCAGGCACCACCAGCCAGUAGCAAGCAGUGAUCACAACCCGCUCAGUUGUUUCUCAGAAAGGGAACACACCCCUUCUGGUCCCAGCUGCGACGGGACCGACGGAAUGUUUUUUUCCCUCUAUUCGCUGACCUGAGGUUCCUAAUUGUGAUCAGCUGCUACCAAAGUGAAGACACGAUAGUUGGCGGAAAAUACCGUUGGCCUACGAAGUAGCAUACAUAAACUAUUCGCAUGGAGGGGCAUAGGGUAGAUAGCCAGCAGGCACAAUUAUUCCUGAUAAUGUCAACCAUCGACAUUUUGCCCCGCGAUCGAAUCUUUUGCACAUUAUGCGAUGCCACACCCACUCUGUAUGUGUCAUGUUCAAGAAAUCCGAUCUGCAAAAGGGCCUAAUUGCCCUAAAAGACCCAAAUGGGAGAUUCCCAGUCAUUGGCGCCGUUGGGAAGUGCCGUUUCAAUGGGAUUUCCAAUUCCAGCAUAGGACAAUUCGGUUCGCAAUCAGGCCAUGGGUCGCAAGGCUUCAAGAUGGCUGUCGUCUGAUCGAUGGUGGGGUUGAUGGAGUGGCCCGCACAAGCCAACUGAUGAACAGUGAGCUCUGCAGUCCAGAUUCCUGGAAAUCGAUCAAGGGUCUAGAACGUUAAACGUCUCCGCCCUUCUCCUCCCAGUCCCCGCAAGUCACGUCACCAACAAGGGUCUCUUCUCGGCACGAUAUUCCCAGAGGAACCUGCAAGUCAACAAAUUCCAUCCCAUCCUAACCCAACAUCUUCAUCUUGAGCCGAAUGCGAACAACUCCGGGACCAUACGGAGUACAUACCUACCUGCCGUCUGAACCUGCUGGAUCGUGUCCCCCCUUCUGUCAAAUUCAACUCCAGCGCGUGGACUGUUGAGAACAAGUGCGGUUUACGAGGCUACGGCCAGCGCCCAAAGAAAAAAGGCAAAGCCAAGCUCCAACAACACACCUCCGCUGAGCCAAGCCUUGUGGGGAGCUGUCGCAAAAGCGCUCGACACCCAGUCAUCGCCCAAAACGCCAUAGCCUUGCUGCAAAAAUCGUACGUUUGUCUGAGAGGAGUCUGUUGGUGUCAAGCAUUUGCGGUUUCAACAGGGCACAUCAGCAGCACCGACUACGGAACCGCUGUUCCAGCUGCUGCGCUAUUGAACUUUGGACCAUCACAAACCUCGCGGCCAUUUUUCGGUGGAUAUCGCGGCAUCGGCUUUUGUUUCUUUUUUACCAAAACUCACUCACUCUACAAUUUCCUGAUAUCAAUACCGAACAUGGCGUCGCCGAACUCCCCACCCGAGAACGGUGCCUCCGAGACGGAGCCGCCUCGGAAUGAGAAUUCGUCAUCUUCGUCGUCGUCGUCGCCGCUCCCCUCAGCGUCGGUUGGUGAGAACUUGGCGCAGGAAUUUGUCCACAUCCCCCCUUUACAUCCGAAAAGCUUCGGCACUCCAGUCCAACUCCUGGCCACGAGGGAGGAAGAGAAACCACAGUUCAAGGACGACGAGAUCAGUCUUUACUAUGGCAUAUCGCCCGAUCUGGACGGUGGUCCCGCAAAGCACAGAUCGGGCGAGCAGACUGCCACGGCGUUGGAGAACGACCUGACCAAGUUAGAGAGCAAGUUGGAUGAGAUUUUGGCCUCGUUGGGGGUCAACAUUGAUGACGACCUGGAGGAGGGGAAGGACUCCACCAAUGCCGACAAGAAGAGCAACGGGGAGGUCGACGGCAAGAAGUGA